CAGUGACAGUUGGUCCCUUCACCAGUGGGAAUCCUUCCUGCUCCCCGUGGACCGCACAUGGAAUAAUCCCCCCCUCCCUUUCCACUGUCAUGAGGCUGAACUCUGGAGAAGAAGCAGUAGACAUGAAGCACCCAGGGAAGUGACCUGUGUCCACUUCACUGGGCACCAUGGCAUCCAAAGAGAGGCUGUACGAGGUCUGGAUGCUCUACUGCACCAAGAGGGAUCCAGACUACUUGAAGCUCUGGCUGGAGAUUUUCAUCAGCUCUUACGAGCGAUGUCUCGACGUGGAUUUCGAAAAGCUGCCUUCGAGGCCCGAGGAGGUUCCCCCGGUGCUGACGCUCCUCCCAGACAACAUCCUGCAGGUUCUGCGCCACCAGCUGCUGCAGUGCGUCCAGAAGGCCUCGGACGGCCUGGAGCCCGAGCAGCAGAACCUGGCUCUGCUGCUGCUCAAGUUCCUCAUCAUCAUCUGCAGGAACCUGUCCAAUGUGGAGGAGAUCGGCACCUGCUCCUAUAUCAAUCACAUCAUCACCAUGACAACGCUCUACAUCCAGCAGCUGAAGAGUAAGACCAAAGAGAAGGAGAUGGUGGACCAGAGUCAGGCCGAAGAGUUCGUCCGUCACGCGCUGGCGUUCUGCGAGAGCCUGUACGACCCGUACCGCAACUGGAGGCAUCGGACCUGCGGGGAGCAGCUGGGCACGGUGGAGAGGAGCAGGCAGAAGUACAAGGCAGCGCCGCUCACCGUUGAGUUUGUUCCUUUCUUCUACCAGUGCUUCCAGGAGAGCGAGCACCUCAAGGAGAGUCUGAAAUGCUGCCUGCUGCAUCUGUUCGGAGCCAUCGUGGCUGGAGACCAGAGGAACUCCCUCCUCGCCAUCUCUCCGGCCACCAUGGAGGUGUUGAUGCGGGUGCUGGCCGACUGCUCCACCGGCAGCGGCUCCUCGGACGAAGGCGAAGACUGGGACAGCGAGGCCCCCGACCGGAAGGCGCUGCUCACCCUGGGCUGCCUGCGGGAGGUGGUGCAGCGCCUGCUGGCCUCCAGCUCCGACCAGCGGCAGGUGGAGAUCGCCUCGGUGCUGGAGAACUACUUCAAGCUGCUGAACUCGGACCCGGCGGCCGUGGUCGCCGCCCGGCAGCAGCAGCAAGCCAAGGGGCGAGUCCCCACACUGGGCCGACACUGGGAGAGCCGAUUUGUGGCGCUGCAAGUCCACAUGCUCGACACGAUCAGGGACAUGUUCCUGUGUUCAGACAGGCCAGUACUUCAAGCCAUCUUCCUCAACAGUAACUGUUUUGAGCAUCUGACUCGACUGCUGCAGAACAGCAAGCUGGUUAAUGCCAGGUGCACGGCGGCAGACAAGGACCAGAAAGAUAUAACCAACAACAGGUUACUGACAGGAGAGAGGGACACUCAGGUGUUUCAAGGGCGACUCGACUCCCUUGCUGUAGCAACCAUCAAAGCCCUGACAACAGUGAUGCACAAGUCACCAGCUGCAAAGGAGGUUUUUAAGGAGCGGAUCGGUUACAAUCACCUGUACGAAGUUCUCACGUCUCUCGGCCAGCCGUCCAGACAUCUCCUCAAAGAGCUGAUGAACAUGGCGGUGGAGGGCGAGCACACCUCGGUGGGCCUGCUGGGAAUCAGCAACGUGGAGCCGCUGCUGCUCCUGGCCCAGUGGCUCCCCGAGCUGGACUCGUCCGAGCUGCAGCUCUUCACGGCCGACUGGCUUCGCCGCCUCAGCUGCCUGAACCGGCAGACCCGGGCCACGUGCGUCAACGCCGCCAUGGUGAUGCGGGCGCUGGCCGCUCUGGAGCGCCACGAGCGGCUCCACCGGGCCUGCGCCGAGAGCCUGUUUGGACUGGUGGGCUCGCUGGGCUCCCAGUCGCUGAGCGCCCGGGAGCUGCUGGGACUCCUCCGUCUCCUCAGGCCUCCGGAGUCCAGCCAGGCCCACCCCUACGUGGGCCCCGCGCUGAAGGCCCUCCUGGCGAUGGUGCGCAAGCAGGGCCUGGAGAGCGCCAUGCAGUACUUUGACUUGUCCCCCAGCAUGGCCGGGAUCGUGGUCCCGACGGUGCAGCGCUGGCCCGGCUCCGCCUUCAGCUUCCUGGCCUGGCUGUCUCUGGACCAGGACCAGCUGGGCCCGCCCAGCAAGGACAAGAGGAAACAGCUGUACAGCUUCUUCACCCCCGGGGGGACCGGCUUCGAGGCCUUCAUCAGCGCCGCCGGCGUGCUGGUGGUGGCCGUGUGCACCAAGAAGGAAUACGUCACCGUCAUGCUUCCGGAUUACUGCUUCUGUGACUCUCUGUGGCACAGCAUCGGUGUGGUGCACAUACCGGGGAAGAGGCCAUUUGGACAGAGUCUGGUCUACAUUUAUGUGGACGGACAGCAGAAACUAUCUGCCCCCCUCAAAUACCCCAUCAUGACAGAGCCGUUCACCUCCUGCUGCAUCGGCUCCGCCGGACAGCGCACCACCACGCCGCCGCCCUCCCAGAUCCCGGACCCCCCCUUCUCCUCCGCCACCACGCCCACCACCCGCUCCUCGCUGGGCGGCAUCCUGUCGCCGCAGACCUGGGGGGGGCUGCUGGGCAGCAAGCCCGAGUCGGUGACCAAGCUGAUCUCGGCCGGGACCCAGGACAGCGAGUGGGGCAGCCCCACGUCGCUGCAGGGCCAGAUGGGGGGGGUGAUGGUGUUCCACGAGCCGCUGCAGCCCAGCCACAUCAAGGCCAUCUGCAGCGCAGGUCCAAACUGCAUUUCGCCGCUUAAGGCCCAGGAGUCGGAGCUCGGUGACCUCUCAACCAAACUGCUUCUGCACUACUCGCCCAAGGCGUGUAGAAACCCCAUCUGCCUGGACCUGUCUCCGAACACGCUGCACGGACGCCUGACGGGCAACAAGGUCGUCAACUGGGACAUCAAGGACAUGAUCAACUGUGUGGGCGGGGUACCGGUGCUGUUCCCCAUCCUGGAGCAGCUGAUCCUGCUGACCCCGGACCAGAGCGGCGACCCGGCAGCCGGAUCGGACUUCAUCACUCCCGAAGUGUCCACCCCGGCCGACGGAGACUGGGUCAUUCUCCCCUCAAACAGGGCUUCAGAGGCUCGCCUGGAGAAGAAUCUGGUGGCCACGUUCCUCUUGGUGCUGAAACAUUUUCUGCAGAGGCAUCCCAUCAACCAGGAGGGUCUGCUGCACUCGCACGGAGUCGGGACACUCGGAGCGCUGCUGCAGAAGAUACCGGCGGGCUACGUGGACGUGAGCGUGCUGGUCGCCGUGCAGCUGCUGAUCGAGCAGGUGACGUACGAGAAGAACCAGGCCCUGCUGCAGCAGCUGCACACACACUUGCUCUUCAAUUUCAACAUCUGGAACAAAGGAGACUUCCCUCUGCGCAUCGGUCACAUCCAGUACAUGUCCACGGUCAUCAAAGACAACAGGAAGCUGUUCAGGAAAAAGUACGGAGUUCAGUUUCUGCUGGACACCAUGCGGAUGUAUUAUGGGAAGAACACGAACAAAGACGGCGACCUCAGCGAGGACGACGUGCGCACCGUGCGGGCGUCGCUCUGCAGCCUCAUGAAAUACUACAUCAGCAAGGGCAUGUCACAGGAGGAGACGCACAGCAUCCUGGGAUACAUCGCUGCUAUUGGAGACGAAGACCAGCUGUGCGCCGUCCUGGAGCUGCUGCUCAGCCUCCUCCAGAGCAGUCCGGCCAGAGACCAGCUCUUCCUGCUGCUCUUCGAGCCCGGGGCGGCCGACUCCUGCUACGCCCUGCUGCUCAACAGCAAACACUCGGACCGGCUCCGAGAGCUCGUCUUCAAGCUGUUCGAGCGCAUGCUGCGCUGCGACCGGGUCUACGAGAAGAACAAGCAGCGGCUGCGGCUCCGCGAGGCCGGCUACUCCGGCCUGUCGCUGCUCUUCUCCGAGCUCCAGAUCACUCCCACGCUCAUCCGCUGCCUGCUCAACCAGGUCCUCCACACAGAUCCAGUGGUGAACUACAAGGACCUGAUGGCUCUGGUGCAGCUCACCCACCGGGCCGGGCCGAGCGUUCGCCUUAUCGUCUGCAAGAGGGUCUACCAGCUGCUGCAGUCCCAGCAGGACGCCGCCGUCCAGAUCUGCAGGCAGCAGUGUUGGCAGGACACCGUCAUGCGGCUGUACCUGCGGGGCGAGGGCGCGCCGCCGCUGCGCGGCUCCGACAGCGUCAGCACCUGCAGCCUGGACCUGAGCCGGGGCGGGGGCGGCGGCGGCGGCGGCGGCGGCUCCCACCGCCUGGAGCUGCCGCUGGAGCGGAGGACCCGGGCCGGCAGCUCGGGCCGCCUGGACGACGACCGCCUCAGCAUCGGGGACACCCGCUCCGUGGACAGCCUGGACAACGGGGACGUCAUCUCGCUGCUGGACACGCCGUCGUCCUCCGCCUCCGCCGAGCCGCAGCUCCACGCCAAGCCCUGGGUGGUGGGCAAGUCGGGGGGCCUGUCGCUGGACCUGUCCCACCUGCAGGCCUACGAGGGCGGGGAGAGCGGCAGCCAGACGCCCGGCAGCGUGCCCAGCACGCCGUCGCCCGUCGAGACCUCCAAGCCGUUUCCGGGCGGCGCCGGAGACCGAGACACGAGCUCGUCACUCCCAGAAGACAGCUUCCUGUUCAGUGACAACAUCUCACUGGGGGAGUCCUUCAACAACGCCGAGCGGGCGGAGGAGGAGCUGUGCGGCAUGCUGCUGGAGAUCCUGCUGUGCGUGAUGUGGCGUGGCGUGGAGGGCUCCGACGACUCGGCGUGGCUGGAGCGGGGCCAGGUCUUCUCGGCUCUCACCAAGCUGGGCACGGCCAACGAGCUGCUGCUGCCCGUGGACCAGAUCAAGCUCAGCCUCAUGGAGCGCAUGUUGGAGUGGGCGGUGAGCGACAACCGCGAGGCGUCCGCCGCCACGCUGCCCCAGCACACGGAGAACGCCGUGCGGCUGCUGCACGUGGUGCAGGACUUCCUGCAGGCCGAGGGCCUGGUCAACCCGGCCCUGUGGACGGAGAAGGUGCUGGAGGAGACGGUGACGCUGAUGGACAGCCUCAUGGUCUGGUACUCGGCCGGCACGCAGUGGUUCCAGCUGUCCCAGGUGGGACUGAGGCUUCUCCUGGGCUUCAUGGCUCAGGAGGACCCCGAGGUGUGUGCCAUGGCCACCGCCAAGCUCAACGGCAUCCUCCAGACCAAGGAGGUGUCCAGCCAGGACGAGGCCUGCUACCUGCUGGGUAAAGUGGAGGGCAUCCUGCGGCGCUGCGUCCAGGAGCAGGCCGAGGAGACGUACUCCUUCCUGGUCCCCCUGCUGCGCACGCUGCUGUCCAAAGUGCACCGCCUGCUCUACAUGGAGCUGCACCUGCCGCAGCUGCCCGACACCAACGGCAGCCCGUCCUUCUUCGAGGACUUCCAGCUGUACUGCAACUCGCCCGAGUGGCGCGUCUACCUCGACAAAUAUAUCAUUCCGUACAUGAAGCAGUACGAAAUCGAGAUGUUCAGCCAAGGCCACGAGACCAUGGCUCUGUACUGGAAGGAGUGCUACGAGGCCUUCAUGCUGAGCCUGCACAAGAGGGAGAGGGAGAGGGGCGAGAGCAAGAUCCGCUUCCAGGAGCAGUUCGUGGAGCCGUUCUCGCGCCGCGGCCGCCACGAGAACCUGCGCUACAACAGCAUGCUGAAGCAGCAGCACAGCCAGAGCGGCACCGUGCUGCGGCAGUGGAAGGCGGCGCGCCGCGGCCUGGUGUGCGAGCGCGGGCCCUGGGCCGACAGGCAGCAGGAUGAAAUGCACUGGAGGGUGUCCAGCGCUGAAAACUACUCCCGCAUGAGGCUGAAGCUGGUGCGCAAUUACAACUUCGACCCUCACCGAGAGGCCAGCGCUCUGAGAGACAACCUGGGAGUCCAUCAGCAGCGCGUGAACCCCGAGUCUCUGCUGCUGGAGGCCGUGAAGCAGGUCAAGGUCAGCGACCUGGAGGACGACAUCCUGGACCUGCCGGAGGACGACCCGGCGGCCGCCAGCAACCAGCUGGAGGCGGAGGAGGCGGGGCAGAAGGAGAAGCUGGUGCUGUGGGAGGAGUGCGAGCUGGUGACGGUGGUGGACGUGGUGCCGGGCCGGCUGGAGCUCACCACGCAGCACAUCUACUUCUACGACGGCAGCCAGGAGAAGGAGGAGGGCGUGGGCCACGACUUCAAGUGGCCCCUGUCCCAGGUCCGGGAGGUCCACCUCCGGCGGUACAACCUGCGGCGCUCCGCCCUGGAGAUCUUCCUCAUCGACCAGACCAACUACUUCCUCAACUUCAAGAAAGAGGCCAGAAACAAAGUGUACAGCCGCAUGCUGCUGCUGCGCUCCCUCAGCCUGUACGGGACCCGCUCGCCUCAGGAGCUCCUCAAGGCGUCCGGACUCACACAGAAAUGGGUGAACCGGGAGAUUUCCAACUUCGACUACCUGAUGCAGCUCAACACCAUCGCAGGCAGAACCUACAACAACCUGGCUCAGUACCCGGUGUUCCCCUGGAUCCUGGCGGACUACACCUCGGAGGAGCUGGACCUCUCGGACCCGCAGGUCUUCAGGGACCUCUCCAAGCCGGUCGCCGUGCUGAACGAGCGCAACGCCAAGGCUGUCAGGGAGAAGUAUGAAAGCUUCGAGGACCCGACCGGCACCAUCGACAGAUUCCACUACGGCACGCACUACUCCAACGCCGCCGGCGUCAUGCACUACCUGAUCCGGGUGGAGCCGUUCACCUCGCUGCACAUCCAGCUGCAGAGCGGACGGUUCGACUGCGCCGACCGCCAGUUCCACUCCAUCCCGGCCACGUGGCAGACGCUCAUGGACAACCCCAACGACGUGAAGGAGCUCAUUCCCGAGUUCUUCUACUUCCCAGAAUUCUUAGAGAACCAAAACGGCUUCGAUCUGGGCCGGCUGCAGAUCUCCAAGGAACGCGUGAACGGCGUGGUCCUGCCCCGGUGGGCCAAGUCCCCCGAGGACUUCAUCCACAAGCACCGCAAGGCUCUGGAGUCGGAGUACGUGUCGGCCCACCUCCACGAGUGGAUCGAUCUGAUCUUCGGUUACAAGCAGAGGGGCCCGGCGGCGGUGGAGGCCCUCAACGUCUUCUACUACUGCACCUACGAGGGGGCGGUGGACCUGGACGCCAUCACGGACGAGAAGGAGCGCAAAGCCCUGGAGGGAAUGAUCAGCAACUUCGGCCAGACGCCGUGCCAGCUGCUGAAGGAGCCCCACCCGGUGCGCCUGUCUCAGGAGGAGGUGGAGAAGCGGAAGGCUCUGCUGGACUCCUGUCCUCUCAGCAUGUUCGAGCACCUCACUGACCUCAAGUCCUUCUUCGUCGAGGGCAUCAGCGACAACGUGGCGCUCGUUAAGGCCGUGGUGCCGAAGAACCAGUCCCACUCCUUCAUCACCCAGGGGAGCCCGGACACCAUGGUGACGGUGAGUAAGAACUGCCUGCUGGGAACGCACGGCUGGCUGCCGUACAACAAGAACAUCUCCAACUACUUCACCUUCAUCAAAGACCCCACCGUGUCCAGCAGCAAAACCCAGCGCUUCCUGUCGGGGCCGUUCGCCCCCGGCGUGGAGGUGACGGCGGGGCUCUUCGUGGUCUCCCACGACGGCAAGCUGCUGUUCAGCGGCGGCCACUGGGACAACAGCCUCCGGGUCACGUCGCUGGUCAAAGGAAAGACCGUGGGGCAGCACAUCAGGCACAUGGACAUCGUGACCUGUCUGUCAACCGACCACUGCGGCAUCCACCUGAUGUCUGGGUCCAGAGACACCACCUGCAUGGUGUGGCAGGUGCUGCAGCAGGGCGGCGCUCCCGCGGGCCUCCACCCCAAACCCGUCCAGGUGCUGUACGGACACACGGACGAGGUCGUGAGCGUGGCGAUCAGCACGGAGCUGGACAUGGCCGUGUCCGGAUCCAGGGACGGAACGGUGAUCAUCCACACGGUGCGGCGGGGGCAGUACAUGCGCUGCCUGCGGCCGCCGUGCGACAGCUCCCUGCCGCUGUCCAUCCUCCACCUGGCCGUGUCCUGGGAGGGCCACCUGCUGGUGCACGCCUGCGUCGAGGGCAAGGCCACGCUCAAGGAUAAGAACGCCCUCCACCUGUACUCGGUGAACGGGAAGCACCUCUGCAGCGAGCCCCUGAAGGAGCAGGUGACCGACAUGUGCGUCUCGGGCGAGUUCGUGGUCGUCGGCAGCGAGCAGGGCUACCUGUCCGUCCGGGACCUGUACAGCCUGUCGCUGAGCGUGGAGCCCAUGGCCAUGCGGGUGCCGGUGCGCUGCGUGUCGGUCACCAAGGAGCAGAGCCAGGUCCUGGUGGGCCUGGACGACGGCAAGCUGAUCAUCGUGGGCGUGGGCCGGCCGGCCGAGGUAAAGAACUCGCUGCGAAACUACAUCGCUCAGAGCCUGGAGGGCUCGCCGCUCAUGGCCUCCCCGCUGCUGGCGCCGCUCCGAGCGCGCUCGCCGACCCGCCUGCUGCACCAGCGCGACCAGCUGGUGUUCAGCCCCUGCUCCAGCUCCCACAAACCCUAGCAGCGCCUCCCCCCCCCCCGCCGCCGCCGCCGCCGCCGCCUCUCCUUCUCAGGGAUGGUCGUCGCCCACACAUUCCUCCAAACCACUACUGUGACACCAACACUCUUCCUCUGCUCGCCUCCGUCACUCUUCCUCACGCGCUUUCAUUUGGCCGCCGAUCAAAAGAGACGAAGAGAAACCCCGAUGCUGUUUCACCCAAAGUGUCGUUACGAUUUGUGUUUUGAACGUUUUGCUUUUUCCAAACCGUAAAGAGAUGAUACGCUGUGAAACUAACCGAACUCUAACCGACGCUUCUGCAGACUCAAGCCAUAUUAACCCUGUAGCUACGAUCUAAUACUCCAACAGCGGACGGACGCUGACCUGUGAAAUACGUCGCCGUAGGAACCGGAGGUCGAUGAAGGAAUACUCUGAUCUGAGCCAUCGCCCCUUCCUGCUUUCCAGACUCAUUCAUGAAUCACCUCCCUCCUCCUCCUUUUUUUUUUUUUUUUGUUUUUGUUCCCUUUGACUUCACGCUUUCCCCCUUGCUCUCCUCCCCCUCCCCCCUCCACUCCUUCCUCCUCCUCCUCCUCCUCCUCGAUUCCCAGAUCACGCGGAAGCUGUGGGGCUCCAGCAAGCGACUGACCCAGAUCUCCUCGGGGGAGACGGUGUACAACACCCAGCAGGAGCGCAGCCGGCCCCACCCCUGAACCCCCACCCUCACAUUCCCGCUCUGUGUUCCUUCAUCACCUUCGCCUCGUUGGUUUACCAUCGUCAGCUCGCGUGCGCGUGUAUGUGUGUGUGUGUACGGGUGUGUGUGUGUGUGUGUGUGUGUGUUUUCCUGCUUGCCACACGACGCAGGCGUCGUGUUUCCACAGCAGGACUUUGUUCCUCCAACAAGACUAUAUAGUUUCAAGUGGCCUUUCUGCCCAGUUUUUUUGUUUUGUUUUGUUUUGUUUUGUUUUCUCUUUUUCCCGUCGGCCUUCGACGCAGCCCGGCGGGCCGGCGCCGCCGAGGCCAGAACCUCCAAGCUGCUCCCGCAGCGGCCUUAUGCAGUAAGACGGCUCCACCGAUCCCCGCCCCGAACCCUCUCUGCCUUUUCUACGUGUGCUUGAGUCGUUUCUUUCUUUUUCUUUUUUUUUUUUGUUGUUGUUUUUUUUGGGGGCCUUUUGAGAUUCAGUAGGAACCAGUUUGCGAUGUCUGUCCUCCAGGUUUUAAUGUUCAGAUAUAUCGUCACAACACUACGACGUGAAGGUUCAUCACACGCUUCAUUGAAUGUUUUUUAAGUUACUUGAAUUCCGUGUUUAUUUAUGAGUCGGCGUAGCAUUUCCUCCCAGCACACCUGAGAGAGAGAAAAAAAAAAAAAACUCCUCCGACUGUUCAGACUCAAGAAGGGCUCCAAGAGAUGUCAGUGUUCACAGCAA